CCCCUCUCCUUUUUUCCUUAUUAUAAUUUUUUUUUUUUUUUUUUUUUUAUUCUUAUUACCCCAUCUCUUUUUUCUUCCCCAUUCCCUUCUUUGCAAUGUCAAGUUUUCCCGUGGAACUAGAGCCGGCGUUAAAGACUUUAAUUCGAGCUUAUGGCGUAGGUUGGUCCGUGACAACGGUUCCUACGAUACUAGCACUUGUCGUCAAAUCGUUGUUAUCCAAGCAAAAUCGACUCGGUGCUAUUCAAAAAGCGAUUUUAUUGACUUUGCCACAAGUCUUAAAGAAGAGCAUCACAGACAACGGAUUUCCUUUACUCGUAGCGGGUGCAUUUGCUGGGCCCAAGUUUCUGACCUACUUUAUGAAUAAACAAAAGAAGAAAAUCUCGCAGAAAUCAGCUAUCUUCUGGUCCUCUCUCAUUAGUAUCUGGUCUAUCCGCCGUUUAUUUCCCAAUAUCAAGACUUUGGAUUUAACAUUUUUUGUACUCGUACGAGCUCUUGAUGUCUUUGCUCACAGAAUUUAUGUCUCCCCAAAGGUUAGACAGGCCGUGCCAGAAUGGUCGCUCGAGUAUGGCAAUAUUGCUAUUUUUAUGCUGGCGAGUACAGAAAUCAUCUUUUCUUGGUUUUAUGAACCCGAAAGGUUACCAAGGUUUGUAUCACUUUUUUUUUAUAUGGCAACACUAUGAUCAUCAUCUGAUGUCUUUUUUUGAUGUAGAUCUUACGCAAACUGGAUUACCAGCAUGUCAGGUAUCGAUCUUCGACUUUUAAGCGUACUUAAGGGCAUGAGAACAGGCGA